UUCAAACCCACAAAAAAGCCGGCCUUCAGAGGCAAGACAAGAGUCCCCAUUCCUUCUUUCAAUCCAACCCCACCCUCUCCGGUGAUCUUCUCCGGCGUGAUCCCGGCCAUCUUACCUGCCGGAGCCCCACGCCAUGUUCAUGAAGUUCAUGGCUUUCCACCUGUGGUGUUUCCGGCGAUGGUAGGCAUCCUAACACCGACUGCUGACCUUGAAUCUCAGCGAUCCCUAUCUGGCAACCCUCGGAAAGGUGAGAUCUCUCCUUUAUAUUGCGAUCGCGUUCCCAUCGCUUUUGAUCGUGGUCUAGGUGCUUCGUUCCGAUACAUGGAUCAGAAUAGUUAUGGCUUCUUUCCUGCUCCUGCUUCUUCUUCGUUUUCCUCUUGGGGUGCGGGUUCCGGCAAGGGCACGCCAGCCGAGGGUCUCUCGAAGCCUCGGCUUGUGAAGACGAGGCGGCGCGUGCCGUCUUCUGAGGCGAAGCCGGGUUUUAACCCGUUUCAAUCGGGCGCCGACCGGAGGGAUGUCGGUGGAAUGCAGGGCUUGCCGGAACGAUUUCGGGGGUUGAAUCCGUUCGACAAAUUGCCUUCUGGUGCUGCCUCAGUUUUCAAUUCUAAUGCGAGAGAUGCGUCGGGGAGUGACAACUCGGGCAGUUUUGAGUCUGUGAGUUCUGAAAGCAACGCCAAUUCUAGUGGUUUUGUAUUUGGCGCUGGUGCAGAAAAGAGCGAGGAUUUAAAUAAAAACUCGUCUCUUGGUUCAGAUGGUAACUCAGGGGUGCUGCACCAAAUGAGUAAAGUUGACCUGCAGAGCAAUGACAAUGAGGCUGGCUGUACUACGACAAUGCUGGGUGGAAAUUCUGGCUUGAAUCAUAGCUCUGUGGCUGGUUCAGGUGAGGGCUUGUUUUCUAAGCUUCCGGAAGAUAUGAGAAAGCUGAACUUGGAGAGCUCUACAAAUGAAGAUGUGUUUGCAAAGGAAAAGCAAGCUACUAAUAGUUCAAAGGUUGAGAGGGAGAAGAAUUUUAUCUUUGGAAGUGAUAAGAAUGCGUCCGUUUCUUCUCAGUUUGGUACUACUGUAAAUUUUCCGCCAGGGAAAUGGUCUGAUGACUCUGAUAUGAGUCAGAGAUCAUCAGCUGCUUCUGAUGAUCGUCCAUUCUCUAAGCUCCCUGAAGAAAUGAGGAAGCUAAACUUGCAAAGCUCUAGUAGCCAUAAUGCCUUUGAGACUCCAAAGGACGCCGAUUGUAAUGUUAAGGUUGAUGGGGAAGGGGCUUUCAUCUUUGGCACUGACAAGAAUAUGCCUUUUUUCAAUUUUGGCAGCAAUGCACAUCACCCAGCAGAACAUAUUUUGAAGUCAAAGCAGAAAUCAUCUCUUGGCUCUGAAGACAGUCCAUUUUCUAAGCUCCCAGAGGAAAUGAGGAAGCUGAACUUGCAGAGCUCUGGUUGCCAGAAUGUCUUUGAGACUUCAAAGGAAGCUGAUCAUAAUGGUAAGGUUGAUGUGGAAGGGGCCUUUAUCUUUGGAACUGACAAGAAUGUGCCCCCUUCUUUCCAUUUUGGCAGCAGUGUCCAUCACCCACCAGAACAUGUGUCGAAGUCAAAGCAGAAAUCAUCUCUUGGUUUUCAAGAUGGUCCAUUUUCUAAGCUCUCAGAGGAAAUGAGGAAGCUGAACUUGCAGAGCUCUGGUAGUCAGAAUGUUUUUGAGACUCCAAAGGAAGCUGAUCAUAAUGUUGAGGUUGAUGGGGCAAGGGCCUUCAUCUUUGGAGCUGAGAAGAAUAGUUCCACUACUUUCCAGUUUGGCAGCAGUGUGCAUCACCGGUCGGAACAGAUUUCUAAGUCAAAGCAGAAAUCAUCUCUUGGUUCUGAAGACAAUCCAUUUUCUAAGCUCCCAGAGGAAAUGAGGAAACUGAACUUGCAGAGCUCUAGCAGCAAAAAUGCCUUUGACAUGACAAAGGAAGCUGAUCUUAAUUCUGAAGCUGCUCGAAAGAAUGCAUCCACUUCCUUUAAGUUUAGCAGCAGUCCACUUUUCCACCAAGAGAAAGGUUGUAAUUCAAGUCUGAGAACUUCACAUAGUUGCGAUGACAUUCCAUUUUCUACACUCCAGGAGGAAAAGAGGGAGCUGAACAUUGGAAACUCUAGCAAUGAGAGUGCAUUUGAGGCAGCAAGGGAAGCUGACCACUGUUCUAAGGUUGAUGGGGAGAAGAUCUUCAUCUUUGGAGGUGACAAGAAUGCAUCCAUGUCUUUUCCAUUCAUUGGUACCGUAAAAACUGAUAAUUACCCUUCAGAGAAAAGUUCUAAUACAGAUCAGAGACCAUGUUUUGGAUCUGAUGAUGGUCCAUUCUUUCAGCUUCCAGAGGAAAUGAAGAAGCUCAACUUGCAGAGCUCUAGCAUGGAGCAUGCCUUUGAGAAACCCAAAGAAGAUGAUCAUAGUUACAUGCAUGAUGUGGAAAAGGCCUUCUUUGGAAGUGCUAGUAAUUUGCCGAACUUUUUUCAGUUUGGUAACAGUGCUAAUUGCCCACAAGAGAAAAGCUCUGAUAUGGGUGAGAAAUCGACGCUUGGCUCUGAUUAUGAUCUGCCUUCAAAGGUUUCAGAUGUAGAUAGUAAGAUGGAUUUGCAGGGCUUGGGUAAUGAGAAUGGAUUUGGGUAUACAGACCAGGUUGAUCAUAGUCAAAACUUGUUUCUUGGAUCUAAUGGGAUGCCAUUUUCUGUGCUUCCAGAUGAAAUGAGGGAGUUGAAAACGAACUCAUCUGGUAACAAGGAUGGGUUACAUAAUACCAAGCCUGUUGCUCAAAAUUCUGAUACUGAUGUAAGAAAAACAUUUUUAUUUGGAAGCAGCAAGAAUGAGACCAGUUUCUUUGGGGCCAGUACCUCAGAUAAGUUUUCUGAGAAGAUGAAAGCAAGUAUUGGUGUUGAGAAGCCAUCUGCAGAUGCAAAUAGUAAAAGUGGGCACACUGCUAGCAGCUUUGUCUUUGGCAGUUCGGAUAGCAUAUCCAGUUCUAUUGGAGGAAGUUCAUCAAGCACAUUACCUACUGAUAUGUCGAAAGAGCAAUCUACAUCUAAUGAUUCACCUAUGGAUGCUUCCGCUCCCUUUCCUUUCCAAGAAGAAAAUCAGGGUGCUGGAUCAAGCUUGGGUGAGAUUCCAACAUCCCAAGGAUUUGGCCAUUCUGUGCCUACUGGAGCUAAUUUGGAUGCGCAUGAUCCCUUUAAAUUUUCUUUCCAAGCAAAAAAACAGGAUGCUAAUUCAAGCAUGGGCACAAUUCCAUCAACCCAAAUGCACACUGCUGCCAAGCCUAGUGGUGUGCCUGAGACUGCAUCUCCUAUGUCAUCCUCUUGUCAUGGUUUCCAAUCCUUUGAAACUGAGUUUUCUUUCGGGAAAAUGAAUGUAGGAUUUCAGACGCCACAUGUGAAAUUCAAAACAACGAACCAGGUCAACUCUUCGUUUUGUGAGAAUUUAUUUGCUGGCGGAUGUCAAAAAGUGGGGUUUGGUUUAAAGAAGGGAGUUUCUAAAGCUACACAACUAAAAAAAAAGAGAGGGAAGUUAAGGCAAUCUGCAACAUUUCGGCAAAGCAAUGAUGAAAUAUUCAUAUCAAGGGAAAACAUUUCCCAGGACAACCCAGCAGCUGAUUCUUUGGGUGAAUACUCGCCCAUGGAUUACUCUCCUUACCACGAUAAGUUAGCUACUGAUCAUUGUUCGAGUAGGGAAGCCUCAGCAGCAUCAGAUGAACCUGUUCAUCUUCCUUCACAUGUGUCAAAAGAUACUCAUUCAAUUCCUGUUGAUGAUAGGGACAGAAAUCUCUUUUUUGCUGCUCAGCAGUUAGAUAUUAGUGAAGGUGACCUAAAACAUGUUUUAAAUAAUUAUAGUUCCCAAGCACAAUUUGAGAGUACUUUUCCUCUGGGAUCUGCUUUCACAAAUGUGCAAAAUUUGGAAAUUGGGACAGGAAGCUUUAUGCCAGAAACUGAGGGUGGUGUAAACCUUACAAAUGACGCUAGAGCUGCACCAGCAAAUGAGGAAAGUUUUCCUUUUAGCACAAACAUUGAUGGACCACCUAAUGAGGACAGAGCAUAUAUUUUUGAGUCCCAUGUACCAGAUUCUCGUGAAUUAAAGUUCACUUUUUCUGCAUCAUCUUCAACUCAAGGACCCUUGUUUUCAUCUAAGCGGCACUCGAGAAGGAAAGAUAGGAUAAAAGCUGAUAAGGAUUUAUGUAAUUUUACUCUGGAUGCCAAAAUUCCCUUCCCUCCAAAGUUUUCUCCAGCUUCCAGCAUAUCUCAGGUCACAGCUCAUGCACAGGGCGAAAAAGAUAAUUCUGAUGCAUUAUCUACAGAAGAUGAUAACAUGGUAGAAGCACAUGCAAAAUUAGAAUCUAGGCAAAGGUCCACCUCAACGGCUGCUGUGAGCAUUGCUGCACAGGAGGCAUGUGAGAACUGGCGACUCAGGGGGAACCAAGCAUAUGCAAAUGGACAUCUACCUAAGGCUGAGGAGUACUAUACUCGAGGGAUAAAUUCCAUCUCUCCAAAUGAAACUUUACAAAACUGUCUUCGAGUGUUAAUGCUGUGUUACAGCAACAGGGCAGCGGCACGGAUGUCUCUUGGAAGAAUGAGAGAAGCACUCAAUGACUCUUUGAUGGCUGCUGCAAUUGAUCCAAAUUUUCCCAAGGCUCAACUUAGGGCUGCUAAUUGCCAUUUAGCACUGGGAGAAACUGUAGAUGCAGUGAAGCAUUACCAAAAUUGCUUGCAGUUGGAUAGGACAGGAGAUGUAGAUCAUAAAAUCUGUAAGGAGGCAACAGAUGGCUUGGGUAAAGCGCAGCUAGUGGCGGGGCAUAUGGAGCAGUCUGAAAACAUAUUGAUGAAAAGAGCCUCUGUUGAAGCAAAAAGAGCCUUGGAAUUAAUAUCUGAUGCUCUCUUAAUAAGUCCGUUCUCUGAGAAAUUGCUGGAAAUGAAGGCAGAGGCUUUAUUUAUGCUCCGGAAGUAUGAUGAAGUGAUUGCUCUAUGUGAAAAAACUCUAGAUUUGGCGGAGAAGAAUGCUUUUUCAAUUGUGGCUGAUGGCCAACGGAAGGAUAGAGAUACAAUUGAAGGCAUGAAAAGUUCUACUGUGAGGCUUUGGCGGUGGCAUCUUAUUUCAAAGUCAAAUUUUUAUCUAGGGAAACUUGAUGAGGCUCUUGAAUUACUUCAGAAACAAGAACAAAUUCAACCUAUAGCAGACAAGUAUGUGGCCAAGUCUUCUGAAUUGUCUGCCACCAUAAGUGAAUUGCUACGCCUAAAAUCUGCUGGGAAUGAAGCAUUUCAAGCUGGAAGAUAUUCGGAGGCAGUGGAGUCUUAUACUGCAGCACUAACAUUAAAUAUUGAAUCACGCCCAUUCACAGCUAUCUGUUUCUGUAAUCGGGCAGCUGCAUAUCAAGCCCUUGGCCAAAUCACUGACGCCAUUGCAGAUUGUAGUCUUGCAAUAGCCCUUGAUACUAGCUAUGCAAAGGCGAUUUCCAGAAGGGCCACCUUGCAUGAGAUGAUCAGAGACUAUCAUCAGGCGUCUAAUGAUCUCCGUAGGCUAAUGUGUCUUUUAGAAAAACAAUCAAAUAAAGAUGAUCAAUCUGGAACUUUGAGAAGAUCAAAUAGCAAUGCUAGUGAGUUAAAAAGAAUUCAACUGCGACUUUCUAUGAUGGAAGAUGAAGCUAGAAAAGAAAUUCCAUUGGACAUGUAUCUGAUCUUGGGAAUAGAAUCCUCAAGUUCAGAAGUAGACUUGAAGAAGGCUUACCGUAAAGCUGCAUUAAGGCAUCAUCCGGACAAGGUUAGUCGGUUUUUUGUAAGAAGUGAGAAUGCUGAUGAAGGUUUUUGGAAAGAAGUUGCUGAUGAGGUGCGUACAGAUGCUGAUCAACUUUUUAAACUCAUACACGAAGCAUACACCACGCUAUCAGAUCCUACAAAGCGUCUACAAUAUGAUACCGAAGAAGAGAUCAGGACUUCCAUAAAGAAGGGUUAUUGUGGAAGUGGCAAACCAAAAGCCCCUACCGAUAAAUAUAGCAGCCCAUAUGAGAAGAGUACCAACCGACGUCAAUGGAGGGAAGGGUGGAAACCAUAUGGAAGUUCUCAGUACCAAUGGUCAGACUCUUCUCGUUCAAACUUUCAAUACUAAUUUGCUGAAAACUUGACUUAUUACAACAGUUGAGCUAAGUCAUUCUAUUCAACGUAUAAAUCCGGUUUGCCUUUUGUUUGGCCACAUUGGUUCCGGCUUUCAUUUGAGUGACCUGAAGGGUAUUAUAUUGUGGGACAACCAUUGAACCAUCAGUGGACUUAUAUUCUCAGAAUCAGUCAAUCAGUGCGCAUUGGUUAUUCUUUGCUCGAAGGUCCAUGAGUUCUUGAUGUUGAUGGAACCGGAAUAUACGAGUUUCUGGAGUUGUAAAUUCACGGCAUGUUGACUAACAAGGAGAUUUAAGUUUGAUCCUAAUUUUUCUUUGAAGCAAUGGUGGCGUUUGCCGAGUAAACAUCCUGGGGGUAAAAAAUGGGUCUUGUUUUUGUUAUUAAAAAGGAAGAUUGUAGGCAAUUUUUUCUUCCCUGGUCAUUUGUCUGGUCUGGGUUGUCAUUGUUUUGGUGUUGUGAUGGAGGAAUGUUGUUGUGGAAGUGAAGCAGAAAUAGAUGUUUGUAUAUUUGGAUUGAAAUCAUUGAAUUGUACAUUAUAAUAUCUGGUUUUUCAUUUGUUUUC